AUGGAUCAGUGGAAGAAAUUCACCAGCAACGUCGCCAGCAAUGUCGGACCUCAGUUCCAGAACAUCGGCAAGACUUUUGGCAACCUCAACCAGCAGGCUCGUGAGCGAUUCGGUGCUGUCGACCAGGAAGACAUCACUGAGCUGCCUCAGGAAUACAAGGACUUGGAACGUCGCGUCGAUGCGCUCAAGAGCGCUCACACCGGCCUCAUGAAGGUCGCCAAAGUCUACGAAACCGAGAGCUACGACUAUCCUACCCAGCUGCAAGAGAGCAUCACUCAGCUCUCGGCAAGUGUAGGUCACAGCGUCACCUCGUGGGCUGCGAGCGCAACCCGCGGUACUAAUCUCCCCAAGGUGUCUCCCACCGCUCGUCCCGAAAAGGUUAACAAGACGCUCCACCACGCUCUCUCUCGCGCUGCUGCUAGCGGUGCGCUCCAACUUGGUGCGGAUCCAUCCAACCUUUCUGGCCUGCCCAAGCUCGACACGGCACAAGCACCUGGAUCCGAGACCGCGCUCAAGGACGACUCGAAGCUCGGCGAAGCUCUCCAAAAGUUUGCCAUCGCAGAAGACCGUCUGGGCAACGCGCGUCUGACACAGGACGACCAGAUCACGCAAGGCUUCAAUGUACCCUUCAACUCGUUUGGAGCUCAGAUUCAGCUUGCGAUGAAGGCGCGUCAAAGCGUCAACGACGCACGCUUGCAUCUCGACAGCUGGAAACAGUCGCUCAAGUCAGCUGAAAACGCUGGUUCGAGCGCUAAACUCGAACAGUACAGAGGCGAGGUCGAACAGGCUGAGGACAAGCUGGUCGCCGCCACCGAGGAAGCAAUCAGCUUGAUGAAGCAGGUUCUCGAGAACCCGGAGCCAAUCAAGAGUCUCAGCGCUUUCAUCAAGGCGCAGGCCGAGUACCAUGCAGCUGCGGCUGAGUUGCUCGCGAAUGUUCAGCAGGAGCUGGCACAGUUGGCUACUUCGGUCGAGAGCGAUUACCGUCUCUCGCGUGGUUAG